UCCACUGCCACGGUUAACGAAUCGGAGACGAUACGAUGUCUAACAACGCACAUAUUCUUGCGCACCCCGUCGUCAACGCUCGCCUGUCGAAACUGCGCGAGUUAAGCACUUCAUCCAAAGAGUUCCGCGAGGGCAUCCAUGAUAUCAGCUUGCUGUUAGGAUUUGAAGCCAGCAGAGACCUCGAGGAGGAGACAUACAAAGGGCACACUCCAGUCGGUCCUUUUACGGGUUCGGUUAUCAAGCCCAGAAUAGCCCUCACGCCCGUAUUGCGUGCUGGUCUGGGGAUGACAGAUGCGUUGCUAACGUUGUUCCCUGCUGCAUCUGUCUACCACCUGGGUAUCUUCCGCGAGAAAGUAUCGUUGCAACCGGUCGAGUACUACUCUAAACUUCCACCUAAUCCCGAGGUUGACCAGGUCUUCCUCCUGGACCCUCUGAUUGCGACCGGAGGCACAGCUAUCGCUGCGCUUAACAUGAUCUUGGACUGGGGUGUUCCGGUGACCAAGAUCAAAUUGCUCUGCGUGCUUGCAUCACAAGACGGACUUGCAAACGUGCAGAAGGAUUUCCCUGGCCUGGAGAUCUGGGCAGCGGCAGUCGAUCCGCUACUGACUACAGAUGGUCUUAUUGCGCCUGGAUUGGGCGACACUGGCGACCGCCUCUACAGUACGUUGAAGCCUUGAGGUUUUGUAGCAUUAUACCCUCUUGCUUCGCCAUACAAUUGUACAGUAAUGGCCAUGGGAAUUAGAACUUCGUAUGGUGCAAUCUC